AUGGGUCAAGACGGUUCGAGUCCAGUAGAUGAGAGUGCGCCUUCCAAGACACUCGAGAAUCGCACCCUGGAAGGUCUGGCCAAGUAUAUCAAGGAUGGCCAUGCAAAGCGCAUCGUCGUCAUGACUGGUGCUGGCAUCUCGACAAGUGCUGGCAUUCCCGACUUCCGCUCGCCCAAUACUGGUCUCUACGCCAAUCUUGCUAGACUCAAGUUGCCGUAUGCUGAGGCCGUCUUUGAUAUCUCAUACUUUCGCGAGAACCCUACGCCCUUCUAUACACUAGCUCACGAGCUCUAUCCUGGAAAAUACCGUCCGACUGUUACACACUCGUUUAUCCGUCUACUUCAUGAGAAGGGUCUUUUACUCAAACUCUUCACUCAGAACAUUGAUUGUCUCGAACGCGAAGCUGGUGUGCCUGACGAAUCCAUCAUCGAAGCCCACGGCAGUUUCGCCCGCCAGAGCUGCAUCGACUGCAAGAGCCCAUACCCGCAAGAAGAGUUGAAGAAACACAUCGACGCCAAGACUAUACCUCGCUGCCAAAAAUCCAGCUGUAACGGCCUCGUGAAGCCUGAGAUUGUCUUCUUCGGCGAGCAGCUUCCUCGCGCCUUCUUUGACAACAUCGACGUUCCUGCCGAGGCUGAUCUCUGUAUUGUCAUGGGCACUUCCCUCCAAGUACAGCCUUUCGCAAGCUUACCCGGUGCUUGCAAAUCUGGCGUCCCAAGAGUUUUGAUCAACAUGGAAAGAGUCGGAGGUCUUGGUUCACGCUCCGAUGAUGUUCUAUUACUAGGCGAUUGCGAUGCUGGCGUGCGAAAACUCGCCAAAGCUAUUGGAUGGGAAGACGAGCUUGAAAACCUAUGGGCAAAGACAGAUCCUGAAUACGUUCCUGGCAAACCCAUCAAGACAAAAGAUGAGAUCGCCAAAGAAGAAGCAAAGAAGUCGAGAGAUGAGAAGUUCCAGGAUGAGGUUGACAAACUUACCAAAGAAGUCGACAAGACUUUGGACGUGUCCAAAUGGCAUCGAGAUCAGCUCAGGAAAGAUCAUCUUGAUGGCCAGACUGAGACUGGCUCAAAAGAUGCAGUCAAAAGCGAGAAGACCAUGCGGUAUGAUGAGAACGCAGACGAUAAGAACAAGGCACCUUCCAAUGGACUAGGUCAUGUGUUCCCUCACAUCAACGAAAAGUCUUCAUAA